CACCAGUCAAAUUCCUUUUUACAAGAAAGAAAGAACGUAAACCAUGGCCGGAAAGACACUUGGCCGAUCAUCGGGCUCCCUCAAUGCCCCAAUAGCCGCCUUCACCAUGGCCCUCCUACUUGGCUCUUAUUGCAUCAAAUCCAUCCACACCGCUCGUCGCGAGGCGCAAUCCACAUCAAGCACCGCAACCACGACGCCCCGACCUACUAAGAAGGCAGAGUCGCAGUCUUCAUGGGUACAGCAGGCACUGGAAGAGAGUCGAGAGGGGGAGAAGAAGUGAUUCAGCUGGGGCAGAACUGAGUGUAAAUCUUAGAAAUACGCGU